CCUAAGCCUAGUUCAGAAACUAUUUGGCACUGUUUUCUCUGCUUUACAAAUAUCAUCAUCUUCAUCAAUUAAGACCAUAAAAGCAUCAACAACAACAUGCCUAGGGGUCGACCACUUUCUUUGCAGACAGUGGAACUCAAAGUAAGGAUGUGUUGCCCAGGUUGCGAGAGAGUUGUCAAAGACGCUAUCCAAAAGCUUAGAGGGAUUGACUCGGUCGAGGUGGAGGUGGAGAUGGAGAAGGUGACAGUAAUGGGAUACGUUGAUCGUAAAAAGGUGCUAAAGGCAGUGAGAAGGGCAGGAAAGAGGGCAGAAUUCUGGCCAUAUCCCAAUCCACCUCUAUAUUUCACAUCAUCAAAUAAUUACUUCAAAGAUACAACAACAGAGUACAGAGAGAGCUAUAAUUACUGGAGGCACGGCUACAAUGCCAGUGACAAGCAUGGUACUAUACCUAUAAGUUAUCGAGGAGAUGACAAAGUUAGCAACUUGUUUAAUGAUGAUAAUGUCAAUUCUUGUACUCUCAUGUGAUGUAUAAAACAUGUAUGUUAUAAUCUUAA